ACAGACAGUGAAAAAGGGAAGCGCGAGCGGCCGAAGGCGCUUCCGUGAGCCCUGCCUAGGGACAGAGUCCCGAGCCCGAGGGGGCAGCUUCCCCGCACUGAGAGACGCGAGCCCUGGCGGGCCGAGAAGAAGGAGUUCUCAAACCUUGACCCGGUCGGAGCGGACCCGAACCCCCGACUGUUGCCCAUGGCGGCCCUAGGCUCCAGCAGCCAGAAUGUCACCGAGUAUAUUGUCCGAGUUCCCAAAAACACGACGAAGAGAUACAACAUCAUGGCCUUCAAUGCAGCUGAUAAAGUCAACUUUGCUACUUGGAAUCAGGCGCGGCUGGAGCGGGACCUGAGCAACAAGAAGAUUUACCAGGAGGAGGAGAUGCCCGAGUCGGGCGCGGGCAGCGAGUUCAACCGCAAGCUCCGGGAGGAGGCGCGCAGGAAGAAGUACGGCAUCGUCCUCAAGGAGUUCCGCCUGGAGGACCAGCCCUGGCUGCUCCGCGUCAACGGCAAGGCGGGCCGGAAGUUCAAGGGCGUGAAGAAGGGGGGCGUGACAGAGAACACGUCUUACUACAUCUUCACCCAGUGCCCCGACGGCGCCUUCGAGGCCUUCCCGGUGCACAACUGGUACAACUUCAUGCCGCUGGCCCGGCACCGCACGCUGACCGCCGAGGAGGCCGAGGAGGAGUGGGAGAGGAGGAACAAGGUCCUGAACCACUUCAGCAUCAUGCAGCAACGGCGGCUCAAGGACCAGGACCAGGACGACGAUGAGGAGGAGAAGGAGAAGCGGGGCCGCAAGAAGGCCAGCGAGCUGCGCAUCCACGACUUGGAGGACGACUUGGAGAUGUCCUCUGACGACAGCGAGGCCAGCGGCGAGGAGGGUGGCAGAGCCCCCAAGGCCAAGAAGAAGGCGCCGCCAGGCAAGGCGGGCAGGAGGAAGAAGAAGAAGGGCUCAGACGACGAGGCCUUGGAAGACAGCGACGACGGAGACUUUGAGGGCCAAGAGGUGGACUACAUGUCCGACGGCUCCAGCAGCUCCCAGGACGAGACGGAGGGCAAGCCCAAAGUGACCAAGCAGGAGGAGGGCCCCAAGGGUGUGGACGAGCAGAGCGAGAGCAGCGCAGAGAGCGAGGAGGAAAAGCCACCCGAGGAGGACAAGGAGGAGGAGGAGGAGAGGAAAGCCCCAACUCCCCAGGAGAAGAAGCGCAGGAAAGACAGCAGUGAUGAGUCGGACAGCUCAGAGGAGAGUGACAUCGAUGGCGAGGCCUCCUCGGCUCUCUUUAUGGCGAAGAAGAAGACACCACCCAAGAGGGAGCGGAAGCCGUCGGGAGGCAGCUCGAGGGGGAACAGCCGCCCCGGCACGCCCAGCACAGAGGGCAGCAACACCUCGUCCACCCUGCGGGCGGCCGCCAGCAAGCUGGAGCAAGGCAAGCGGACGAGCGACAUGCCCACAGCCAAGCGGCUCCGGAUGGAUGCCGGGCCCCAGGGCCUGUCCGGGAAGUCCACCCCCCAGCCCCAGUCCGGGAAGUCGACACCCAGCAGCGGCGACGUGCAGGUGACCGAGGAUGCCGUGCGCCGCUACCUGACGCGCAAACCCAUGACCACCAAGGACCUGCUGAAGAAGUUCCAGACCAAGAAGACGGGGCUGAGCAGCGAGCAGACGGUGAACGUGCUGGCUCAGAUCCUCAAGCGUCUCAACCCCGAGCGCAAGAUGGUCAACGACAAGAUGCACUUCUCCCUCAAGGAGUGAGGCCCCGCUGCCCAGGGACGGGCUCCGUUCUCCGCUGUUGGGUUCUCUGGCUGCCGCUGCGCUCACGGCCUGGGUCUGCUGCCCCCCGAAUCCAGGGGUCCCCUUUGCAUCAAUUUGGGAUCAGCACGAGCAGUUUUUGCCUCACUUUCCUUCUCUUUUUGUCUGUGCUCUCCUUCUGGAAUCUUAAGGAAAAAAAAAAAGACAAUUGCCAUCCAGUUGAUGCUGGCUCAUGGCAGCCCCGUCUGUGUCAGAGGAGAACUGUGCUCCGUACAGUUUUCAACGACUGAUUUUUUAGAAGUAGAUCACUGGGCCUUUCUUCCGAGGUGCUUCUGGGCAGACUUGAACCGCUAACCUUGAGGCGAGCUACUUGGUGUGUUAACUGUACCACUCAGGGACUCACCUGGAACCUUUAAUGCCUAUUGUUGGGUGUCACCGAGUAGAUUCCGAUAGGGUUCUGUAGGGGACCUAGUGGCACAGUGGUUAAGAGCCUGGCUACUAGGCAAAAGGCUAGCAGUUUGAAUUCACCAGCCACUCCUUGGAAACCCUAUGGGACAGUUUUACUCUGUCCUGUGGGGUCGCCGUGAGUCGGAACUGACUCAACAGCUGCAGGUUUGGUUUGAUUUAAUCUUUACGAGAGCAGAUUGCCAGGUCUUUCUUCUGUGGAGCUGCUGGUGGGUUUGAACUGCCGACCUUUCUCUUAGCAGCUGAGCACUUAAAUGCACCACCUAUUAACCCCUUACAUUCUCUCUUCUUUAUUGCUCAAUUGAUCAUCCUGACCUCCCUCAGUGCUGCAUUCUGGGUAAUGUUUUCAGCUCUCUUCGUGCUCACUAGCCCUCCCCCCGCCUGUAGCCCAUUAAAGUAUCUGUUUUCUGUUGCUCCAA